ACGAAGUUUGGAAUCCAUAUCUGAACACAAGACAAAGAGAUCUUUCUCGCCAACUUUCUCGCUCAGCAGGAACAGCAAAUACAGUUCCUCUUUGGAAUCUUUCUCCUCCGAUCAAACCGACUAUGCCACAAGAAGCACUACUGAUGUGAAAGAAGAAAAGACCAUCCAGAGUCCAGCUUCUAGUUAUCUGAGUUGGAUAGAAACUGUGAAUAGCGAAUUUUUUGAGAGUGUCUGUUCCGAAACUCUGUCCAACGAUUUUGAUAACAAAGUGGGCGAAUGGAACAACUUUUGGUUGAACUAUAAUAGCGCUAGGAAUCCGUAUUUGUCCGGUUCUUACCGAAGCGUCGUCGAAAAAGUGGGAGAUGAUAAUUCAGACGCGAGGAGCAGCGGAAGUACCCAAAAAGAUAUCAGCGAUGGAAAUUCCGGAGAAUACAUAUCACUCAGUUUUAAUGAAGUUCAUGAGAUCAUCAAUCAUUCGAAGAAAAUAACAGAAAUAUUACAGAAGGCUCUCACAAGGAACGAUCAAGAAUUAGAUAAUUCGAAUAACGAAAAUUCGGUCAAUACCCAAAUUUUUUCUCGUCAGAAUUCCUCCCUAAGAGACGAGAAUGGGAUUGAGUUGCUGAAAGAGGAUCUGAAGAAAUUAUCCAAAGACAGAUCUCCUAACAACAUAUCCUCUCAAGAUUUGAUCAAUCAAAAAGAACUAUUAAAAUCAACGGUUCAAUCGUCUAGCGCAAGUUGCAUCAACGCUUUAUUGAGUUCAAGCGUUGCAGACCUACUGAAAAAGGUCAUCAAUAAGAGAAGAGAUGUGGUAACUCCUGAUGAUCUCUCCUCCAUGACUCGACGAAGUUUUUCUGAAUGGAGCAGUAAAUGAUUUUUAGUCAUAAAAUAUUUUUAUAGGAGUAAAUAUCACAUAUCGUGUAUAUACUAUAAUUUAUGUUCAC